AUGAGCAAACUUUGCAUUUGGGCGCUGCUAGGCGCUUUGGCAUGGCUAACACUGCUGGCCAAUAGCGCUGUGGCCGAGACCAGGAUCGAGGUGGAUGAGAAUGGCGAUGAAUUUGAGCUAAAGCGUUUCUAUAUACAAGGACGCCAGCUGAACGGCAGCGGCAGCAAGUCCCAGUGCGUUGUAACGCGACGCAAGCGCAACAGUCGCGCCGUAACAGAGCUGCCAGCUGCAGUCACAGCGGCCGUUAACACAAGCUCAACAGCAGCUGAAGCAGUAACAGCGGCUGUUAAUAAGACUAAGAGCAAGACUAACAGCAAGCGUCGUUAUGUAGCUGUGGCAGCGCUGCUGCAGAACAAUAACGAUGAGGAUGAGGAUGAGGACGAGGAUGAUGAGCAAGAUGAAGAGGAGUUGUUGCCACUGCUGCAGCUGCCUGCCGCUGGCGCUGCGCCGGCUGCUCAGCUGCCGCAAGGCAUCAGCGUGUUGGCGCAGUCUGCAACUCAAGCCAAUGUGGGUGAUGCGGCGGGCAUUGUUGUGGUGCAGUCACAGCAGCCACCCAAAGUGAAUCCCAGCACGCACGCCGUGUUCGAAUUAAAGCCUUUGGGACAAUCGCAGCGUCAGCAGCUGCAGGACUAUCCCUAUUGGCUGCAAGAUGUGGAGGAUUAUGCCGAAGAGGCGGGCGAUGACGACGAUUUGGAUUUCUAUUAUGGAGCGCACGAAGUGGACGACAAAGUGGAGCUGGAGCACUAUAUAACAGAGGAGAGUCCUGUUAGCUCAACGCUGAUCUGGAGCACAGACGAUCAGGAUCAGGAUGAGCCACAGCGACGACGUCCUAACAAGCACAAGCGCAAGCAGCAGAAGCAGCAAAAGAAGCAGAAGCGCAAGCAGCAGCGUCGUCCAGCGCAGCAGAAUGUGCCACUGGAUAUGCUAGAGGAACAGCCGUUGAAGAAGAAGAAGCAGGAACAACAGUUAACAGCUAACAUGCAGUCCACUGUUAAUGGCAAUGUUAAUGCUACAGCGCCUAUUAUGGAUGCGGCGGCUGUUAACACACAAAAGCGCAAACCUGCCAAGGCAAACAAAAACAAACGCAAGCAAACUCAAAAGAGGAAGAACAAGAACAAGCGUCGCCGUCAGCCAAGCAACAGCUUAAGCAGCAGCAGCGGCAGCGGCAGCAUUGGCGGGUACAAGCGCCGUCGUCCGCAGCAAGCGUUAACGCCACAACAGCGUCGACGCCUGCAGCAGCAGCGUCGUCGUCGUCAGGAGCAGCUGCGUCGUCGUCGCCGUCGCAACAAGCAGCGACUGCAGCAGCAGCAGUUCAACAAUCGUCGUCCCUAUUUCGGCGAUGAGCCCAUCAUCAAUUGCAUUUACAUAAAUAAGGAUCCGACAACAACAACGCCGCGCCCCUUCUGGAAUAUAUUAGGACGCGAUGCUGAAGCUAACGACGACGCUGCCGACAGCGACGUAGCAGCAGCAGCAGUGCCGUUGCAGCGACGCUCCAGCGAAUUUGGACAACGCAAGCGCGCUAAUUUGAAAUUUGUCGCUUAA